GUUUCACAGCAGCAGCCUCCCUGGUAUCCCUGGCUUGGGCCUUGGCCUCCUACCAGAAGGCCCUCCGGGACUCUCGCGAUGACAAGAAGCCCAUCAGCUACAUGGCCGUGGUCAUCCAGUUCUGCUGGCACUUCUUCACCAUCGCGGCCAGGGUCAUCACCUUUGCCCUCUUUGCCUCGGUUUUCCAGCUCUACUUUGGGAUCUUCAUUGUCCUUCACUGGUGCAUCAUGACCUUCUGGAUCGUCCACUGUGAGACGGAGUUCUGCAUCACCAAGUGGGAGGAGAUCGUGUUCGACAUGGUGGUGGGGAUUAUCUACAUCUUCAGCUGGUUCAAUGUCAAGGAAGGCAGGACACGCUGCAGGCUCUUCAUUUACUAUUUCGUGAUCCUUCUGGAAAACACAGCCUUGAGUGCCCUCUGGUACCUCUACAAGGCUCCCCAGAUCGCGGAUGCAUUUGCCAUCCCGGCGCUGUGCGUGGUCUUCAGCAGCUUCUUAACCGGCGUGGUUUUUAUGCUGAUGUAUUAUGCCUUCUUUCAUCCCAACGGACCCCGAUUCGGGCAGUCACCAAGCUGUGCUUGCGAGGACCCUUCUGCUGCCUUCACUCUGCCUCCAGACGUGGCCACGAGCACCUUGCGGUCCAUCUCCAACAACCGCAGUGUCGCCGGCGACCGCGACCAGAAAUUCACAGAGCGAGAUGGGUGUGUCCCUGUCUUUCAGGUGAGGCCCACGGCCCCAUCCACCCCAUCCUCUCGCCCACCACGGAUUGAAGAGUCCGUCAUUAAGAUUGACCUGUUCAGGAAUAGGUACCCAGCGUGGGAGAGACACGUUUUGGACCGAAGCCUCCGAAAGGCCAUCUUAGCCUUUGAAUGUUCGCCGUCUCCUCCGAGGCUGCAAUACAAAGACGAUGCUCUCAUUCAGGAGCGGCUGGAGUAUGAGACCACUUUAUAAAACAGAGGACUUGGAGGAGCCACGACCUCCAGACAGAGGGGUGACCGCAGGGCU